GUUAGACAACAACGGGCGUCGACGCAUCGUUUACGUUCUGUUAUAAGGUAUGGUUGGUUAGCACCUUUGUUAGCGUUGAUACACUGGAUAAGAACAUCGUAAUGUGUAUGUAAUAACAAUGAUAACUUGCAAACAAACAAUUUGAAGGGUUGCUGGUGAUACAAAGGACAAACAGGGAGAGAGGUAAAUGGCGGCUCUAUGUCUUCUGCUGGUCGUCUGCUUCGCGCGGUUCGUCACGACUGAACUGACUCUUGACGAAAUUGACCAGGAGCUCAUCCUGUCUCUACACAAUGAGAUACGCAGAGACCAGGGUGCCAGCAACAUGUACAAGUUGAUAUGGAGUGACUCUCUGGAGGACCAAGCGGACGACGUGGUGGAGGAGUGCGAGUUCCAGUACUCGUCGCAUCCCGCCGAGAACCUGGGCGCCAUGUUCGACUUCCCGUCCAGGGCGCGCAUCAAGGCGUACGGCAAGAGCAACAUGAUCAAGCUGAUCAUCAGAGACGGCAUGCCGUCCACCAACUUCAAGGCCUGGGCGCAGGAGAAGAGCAAUGUGGCGUCCUUCGAAACGUUCAGAUGUAAGGAAGGCAAAGUCUGCACUCAUUAUAAACAGAUUGUGACAAGCGAUGCCCAAGAAAUCGGGUGCGCCGCCAAGUACUGUCCCAUUAUUCAUAUUCGCGGUCGGGAAAAGGAUCAUGCUUGGUUUCUGGCCUGUGUUUAUGACAAAAGGAGCGUGGCGGGCGAGCCUCCGUUCGAGAGGGGAGAGGCGUGCUCCGACUGCGAUGCGAAGGACAAGUGCAAGCACGGCUUGUGUAUUGCUCCAUGAAGAAGACCUAUCACAAAAAGACAUUCUGGAGUGAUGUUGCCAUCAUGAACAUUCAAUACAACGAAAGGAGGAAAAACGUUUCUGGGCCUUAAAGUAUUUUAAAGUAACAAAGAUGAUAUAAAAUAAACUAUUUCAACAGUAGAGUCCCAGCUAUGGGUUGAAAGUCCGCUGCUUUAUAAAAUCGAUAUAUUUUAAAAUCUAUAUAUACAUGUGUGUGUGUGUCUGUGUGUGUGUGUGUGUGUCUGUCUGUGUGUGUGUGUGUGUGUGUGUGUGUGUGUGUGUGUGUAAUUAUGUGUGUGUGUAUAAUUAUGUGUGUGUGUGUGUGUGUGUGUGUGUGUAUACUUAUGUGUGUGUGUGUGUGUACUAAUGUACUAAAUGUACUAAAGAACCUAUUCUGAAAAAUAGAUUAUAUCCUUCUUUGUUUUGUAUUAAAUACGAUUUUUAUUAGUUUACUAGUUAAUUCGCUGUAAUUGCAAAUAUUUAAGGGUGAUAUUGAAUGUCAGUAAUGUGAGAUUGAAUGUCAGUAAUGUGAGAUUGAAUGUCAGUAAUGUGAGUCUGAUUGUCAGUAAUGUGAGUCUGAAUGUCAGUAACACAGUGAACUUCCUGACACUAUGUACGGUAGUUCAGAUUGCAGUCACUCUUCCCUGUUAGUGCUGAUGUGGUCCCUUAGUUAUUUCCAUCAGUAUACGAAUAUCAUUUUGACCAACAUGCUUUCAGUUUAUGUAGUCAAUAAUGGUUUCUCACGUUUGACAAUGUACUAAGCAUCAUAUGGAUAUGUAUUUAUGACCGUGUAGAAAGGGUUGGAGUAAUGGGUAAUCGCUAAUCAGUUUGUUAAAAAGUCAUUCCAUCAUCGCUUUGAAUGCGGACCGUAGCAGUAAACAACAAGACUGACUUCACAACACAACAUUUAAUACAAUUAUUAUAUUUGUAUUAAAUAUUUACACAUUGCCUUGUGUUAGAGAAAAUCAGUUAUUAUGGACAACGAAUGUUAAGGCUUUUUACAUGUACAUGAUAUGUCAAUAAAGGUAAGUAAAAUAAAA